AUGAAAGAAACGUUCUCCAACCCACUUCGACUCGAUAAAGACGACCGGCUCCAAUUCCUUACUCUGCGCCGCCUAUGCUCUCAAUGGCGCUCCGUCGCAUUUACCACUCCAGAGUUGUGGCGUGGAAUAGACGUAGAGCUCCCUAUCAAAGGGUUGUACUACCUCCCUAGCCCACUCCCUGCAGAAAAGACGUGGGCGUACCUCAACGCCUGGUUCGAUCGAGGAGGUGCGGGUAGUCCGCCGUUGCGCAUUGCGCUGACCUUGUCGACGUAUAAAAAAGGGCCAGGGAAGGCGGUUGUCAGGGAAAUCUUUGCGACGCUUCCGCGGUUCCUUGCGCAGAGGAGUUGGGUCGAGGUCGAGCUCAUUGGGCUCAACAGUGAUAUGAGAUCCACGGCGACUAUCGUGCCGGAGGUGGACGCUAUGUGCGUUGCGUCGAGCCUCCCAUCCCCGUGGACAGCACUUCAUACCCUCAGUUUGGAGAUGGGAUGGUGGGACCGUGCUCGCAUACCAUCCCCUCUGACCGUCACGUCCUCCACCUUCCCAGCCUUGAAACGCCUGUACGUUUCCGAAUGGAGAGUUUCUUUCCAUAUAAACAAGGGGGACCUCCAUCUCAGCCACGACGGGUUGGAAGCGUUACACCUCGCGUGGUGCUGUGGACCGAAGGAGUACUUCGCAGAAGCGCUCUCCCAUGAGCGGCUGCCAUCCCUCCAGGAGUUGAUCCUGACAGGUUGUCGGACUAGGAACUAUGGCCAUCCCGAGCCGAGCGGCCCUGUGUUGUACACCCAUUCCAACGUCUCAGUUCAGCGAUUAAUAGUGGAGGAAAACGACUCAAUUCUAUUGCUCUACAGCAUGACCUUCCCCACCCUGCAGCUCCUAUACCUGGAUGGCAACGCGGAGAGCUAUAGCAAGCAGGUUUGGAAAUGGGUUGUCAAGCCUUUCAUCGAACGCUCCACGGCGCGCUUGCGUACAUUGUCCAUCCACCGUUUGCAGUCCUUGACGGCACCACAGUUGGGUUACUUUGUAUCCGCCAUACCAACACUCGAAACACUUCAUAUCGACCGGUUCAGCCGGAUGUUCAGACAUAUUAACGCUCAAAAGCAUACCCUUCCGCAUCUUGCGACGAUCUAUUACCGGAAUAACCUCCGACCUGCAAACCUGUUGACGCCCCCAUUCAACGACGUCCUGGAAUAUUUCACCCACCGAUCAAAGACUCUUCCAGACGUUCCGGUAGUUCAUCUUGCUUUCGUUGCGAUUGGCCCGUCUACGAGAGAAGAAUGGGCUAGUAUGGGCAAUUCGGAGGACUUGUUGGCCAGGAAGGGGGAACUGAGCAGGGUUGGUGUGGAGCUUCGGCCGAUCCAUACUAUGUAUGAGUUUUAUCCGGAUGUACUUGGGCAUCGGUGGAGAGAUUAUUCGUGGCCGUGGUACCAAGAGUAG